UUCAGAAAUGACGCGUAUAGUGUUUGUUUUUCUAUUUCUCGUGUUUAUCACGGUUCGUUGUAAUAGUGCUUAUGAUGAUGAUGAUGAUAAGAAAGUAGAUCUACAUUGUCCAAAAAGCGAAGAAGAAGACUACUGCCCUUCAAACUGUAUGAAUGAUAAAUGUCCAAAGAAGGAGGAUUAUUUAUACGAGUGCAAUUUGGAAGGUUGCGGUACACCGAGGUGCAAAUGUCGGUUCAACACGAAACGAGCAGACAAUGGGACUUGCAUUGAUACUAGAUAUUGUCCUCCAUUUAAAUGUGACCGUCCGAAUGAAGAGUUUGUGGCUUGUCCGCCGUAUUGUCCAAAGGAUGAUUGUGACCAAGCGUCUCCUGAGGGGAUAUGCCUCAUCAAUGGCCUGAUAUUAGUGGCGGAAUGUCAACCAACCUGCCGAUGCAUCAAAGGUUAUUGGAGGAAAGAUGGCGAAUGUGUACCUUAUAAAGAAUGUCUGGUACCUGUAACAUCUCUACCACCCGUAUUCUUCGGAAAAUAAUUAAUAUUUAAGAAAUUAAUACAAGUAAAUGAUUAUGCAACAUAUAACGUAAUUAACGCACACCCUCAAAACCGCAAUUAGAAUAUUAUGUUAUAAUCA